AGGCGGGAAGCAGGGCGGUGUCGGGGUCGCGGGUACGGGGCGGGGCGGGGCAUGGUAACGGCUCCGAAGGAGAGGGGGCGGUGCCGCAGCGAGGCGGAGGGAACGGUGUUCACCGCCGCCGCAGCCGCAGCUCGCGCGCUCCUCGGCCAUGAUGAUCCACGGCUUCCAGAGCAGCCACCAGAACUUCUCCUUCGGGCCGUGGAAGCUGACGGCGGCCAAGACCCACAUCAUGAAGUCGGCGGAUGUGGAGAAGUUAGCGGAUGAAUUGCAUAUGCCAUCUCUCCCAGAAAUGAUGUUUGGAGACAACGUUUUAAGAAUCCAGCAUUGUUCUGGCUUUGGGAUUGAGUUCAAUGCUACAGAUGCAUUAAAAUGUGUGAACAACUGCCAAGGAAUGCUUAAAGUAGCCUGUGCUGAAGAGUGGCAGGAGAGCAGGACCGAAGGUGAACACUCUAAAGAGGUUGUUAAACCAUAUGAUUGGACCUAUACCACAGAUUAUAAAGGAACAUUACUUGGAGACGCUCUUAAAUUAAAGGUUGUACCUACAACAGAUCAUAUAGAUACAGAGAAACUGAAAGCCAGAGAACAGAUUAAAUUUUUCGAAGAGGUUCUCCUCUUUGAGGAUGAACUUCAUGAUCAUGGAGUUUCAAGCCUGAGUGUGAAAAUUAGAGUAAUGCCUUCUAGCUUUUUUCUGUUGUUGCGGUUUUUCUUGAGAAUUGAUGGGGUGCUUAUCAGAAUGAAUGACACAAGGCUUUACCACGAGGCUGACAAGACCUAUAUGUUACGAGAAUAUACUUCACGAGAAAGCACAGUUGCUGAUUUAAUGCAUGUCCCACCUUCCUUCUUCACGGAACCUAAUGAAAUAUCACAGUAUUUACCAAUAAAGAAGGCAGUCUGUGAGAAGCUAGUAUUUCCAGAAAAAGUUGAUCCUGACCCUACAGACUCCCAAGAAAGCAGACCUGUGGAGUAGAAUGUGAUACAACAUACGCUCACUGAGGAAUCUGACUGGACACCUUGGCUAUUUGUAGGGGGAGAUUUUUAUUAAGAUAAUUAAUUGCUUUGUGUGCAGAUUUUCUGUAGCCUUAAAGGAAAAAAAUAAAAGAUUGCUGCAGGCAGGUUCCACUUAACUACUGUUUGUACUGUCUGUCUUCAAAUUCAUACUCCACAUUUAUAUGUUUUAGAGAUAAAUUUUUACUUCUAAAUGAUCACAAAGUGGGUCUGCAACAUUGAUGUGUGUGUCUCAUGAGUAGCAGACAGAAUCUGUAUCCAUCAUGAAGCACUGUGUCUCUUACCAGAAGAGGUAAUUUAAACCUUUGAAUCCCAGUGCCUGGAGACUUUCACAGGGUUCCCAAUCAUGCAUGUUGAUGCACUGGCUCUGUGCUUUGGGCUUCUGGAGAGUUUUGACUUGUCACCUAGGAAAUCAGUCUCAUAGGUUAAUGAUCUUCACCAAUAAUUUUUAUUUUUUGUACAGGGGAUUGAACUCAGGACCUUGUGCUUCCAAGGCAGGUGGCGUCA